UCACCCGCCAAAUGUCAACUACCUUUCAAACAUGGAGAUCCCUUUAUCUCUAUCCCCAAACCUCCAAAAACCUCCUCAUCUUAUACCAACACAAACCCAGGAAUCAAACCACUUUAACUCGCUAAUCAAGCACCACACUAAGCUAAAAGAUGAUCACGCCAUACUCGAUACAUAUACCCGGAUGGAAUCUUCGGGUUUUUUACCCGAUAACACCACUUUGCCUCUGCUUCUCAAAGCGUGUGGCCGGUUACAGGCCGUUGAGAGAGGCAAGAAGCUGCACAAUGCUGUUUUGCACACGGGUUUGGUUUCGGAUAUCCGUGUUCAAACAGCUCUUGUGGAUUUUUACGCGAAAUGCGGGAUGUUGGUUAACGCACGUAAGGUGUUUGAUGAAAUGUCUGAGAGAGAUAUCGUUUCAUGGAAUGCUAUGAUUUCUGGGUAUGUUGGUUGCUUGGAGUAUCGACAAGCUCUGGGUUUGUUUUCGCGGAUGCAAAAUGGGAAUUUGAAAGCGAAUUCGGUUACGGUUGUUGAGCUGCUUAGGGCGUGUGGGGAGCUUUUGGAGUUGAGGCUUGGGAAGGCAAUACAUGGGUAUUGCUUGAGGCAUGGUUUGUUUAAUUCAAAUCCUCAUGUGGAUAAUUCGUUAAUCGGGUUUUAUUUAAAAUUCGACCCGUCAAUUGCAGCUCUUGUUUUCGAAAAACUGGAUGCAAGAAACACUGUAAGUUGGAACACUAUGAUAACCGGCUACGUUAACCACGGGGAUUACUUGAAAUCUAUACAGCUUUUUAUCUCAAUGUUUACAGAAGGAUUUAAAUGCGAUUCUGUCACGAUGUUAGUUGCGAUACAGGCGUGUGCUGAGUACGGAAAUCUUGAACUCGGAACGCAAGUUCAUCAACUAGUUAUCAAAUUCGGUUAUAGCAAUAUCCGUAUAACUACCGCGUUGAUGAAUAUGUACAACAAUUUUGCAGAUUUAAGAUCUUCAUACGAGCUAUUUAACUCGAUCCCAACGAAAGAUGUCGUGUUAUGGAACUCUAUCUUAUCUUGCUCUAUAGAAAGCGGGCUUAUCGAUGAAUCAAUACGUUUAUUAACCGAUAUGCAGUUAGAUGAAAUUCGGAUGAACGAAAGAACUUUGGUCAUCUUACUGCCGUUAUGUGCUCAUCUUUCUAACGGUUUAGUAAACGGUAAAAGCUUACACGCGUAUGCGUUUAAGAUCGGUAAGGAAAAAAACGCGCAUGUUACAAAUAGUUUGGUAAAUAUGUACGCGUUGUUGAAUCGCGUUGAAGAUGCCACAAGGAUUUUCACACGGAUGAAGGUUUUGGAUGUAAUAUCUUACAAUGUUUUCAUCUCUGGUUUGAUCCGUAAUAGUUUAAAGGUUGAAGCUUGUGAAGUUUUCGUUCAAAUGCUCGAGAAAGUUAAACCGAAUUCUCAAACGUUAACUUUAAUUCUUGCGGCUUUUGAUAGCGGAGAGUUUUUGAACGUUGGAAGAUCAAUCCAUGGUUAUGUGAUGAAAUCUGGGGUCCAGAUUGAUGCGUCUUUGAACACUGCGUUGACCGAAAUGUACAUAAAUUGCGAAGAUGAAGAAACUGGUACGGGUUUGUUUGAGAACUAUCGCGAUAAAGAUUCAGUUUCGUGGAACUCGUUACUGUCAACUUAUAUUAAAAACAAUCAAGAACACAAAGCGUUAAUUCUUUUCGACCGCAUGAUCUCGAACGUGAAACCGACACUUGUCACGAUAAUAAACGUUCUCUCGUUGUAUACGCAUCUUUCAAAUCUCCCUCAAGGUCGAUGCUUACAUGCGUACACGUUAAGACGGUUUUCAUCGCUGGAACGUGAACUAUCUCUUGCGAAUGCGUUCAUAACGAUGUAUGCAAGAUGUGGAAGUUUGGAAUAUGCGGAAAAAAUAUUUAAUCGUUUACGCGAAAAAGAUAUCGUUUCGUGGAACGCGAUGAUUGCGGGUUAUGGAAUGCACGGAUGUGGGGAUGAUGCGAUGUUGACUUUCUCGAAAAUGGUCAACGAAGGGGCUAAACCGACUCAGGUGACAUUUGUUUCCGCUUUAUCGGCUUGUAGCCAUUCGGGUAUGAUUCGUAAAGGUUUAAUCCUUUUUCAGUCAAUGGUUCAAGAUUUUGGCAUAACCCCUGAACUUGUACACUAUGCGUGUUUGGUUGAUAUUCUUGCGCGUGGUGGGUUAUUGAACGAAGCGAAAAAUGUUAUCGACACUAUGCCUAUGGCGCCAGACGCGUCCAUUUGGCGAGCUUUGAUUGGUGCGUGUCGAAUCUAUUCGGAUACCCACAUGGCUAAAAGUGCUUUUGAACAUCUUAUCGAGUUAGAACCAACAAAUGCCGGGAAUUACGUGUUAUUAUCGAAUAUUUACGCAGCUAACGGUCUUUGGUCCGAGGUGAAAAACUUGCGAUUAAUUGUCAAAAACAAGCGUUUAAAGAAACCAGCCGGUCGAAGUUGGAUUGUCAUCAAAAGUAAGGUUCAUUUCUUUGCGGCGGGAGAUAAAACACACCCACAAUCCGAAACGAUUUACAAAAGGUUGACUUUUUUGUUGACUUCCAUUACCGAAAUGGGGUAUGUUCCCGAUUUGAGUUGGGUUCUUCACGAUGAAGAUGAUGAGAGAAAAUUGGCGAGGCUUUCGAGUCAUAGCGAGAAACUAGCUAUCGCGUUUGGAUUAAUUAGUGUUAACGGUGGCUCGCCGAUCUUGAUUACCAAGAACUUAAGGAUUUGUGGUGAUUGUCAUGAGUUUAGUAAAUAUGUUUCAAAGCUUACAAAGAGGACCAUAAUUGUUAGGGAUGCUAGUCGUUAUCACCAUUUUGUAGAUGGAUCUUGCUCUUGUAAGGACUAUUGGUGAGAGAUUUGGUGCUACUUAAAGUCUUUUGUAACUCA